CUCCUGGCUCUGCAUUGUCCCAAUCUCCGCCUCCUGGGUGUCUCGACGGUUCACGGUAAUGCUAGCGCGGAGUGCACUGAGAUAAAUGCUGCACGGUGUCUAUACGCUUAUGGCGCACCAGAAGACGUACAUGUAUAUCCGGGUGCCACCAAGCCUUUGAUUCGACCAGCGAGACACGAUCCAGAAAUUCAUGGUCUUGACGGCCUCGGGGGAGUUGAAGGGCUCCCUUCACCUACCAGCGAGGCUGUCCUGAUGCGCCUGGGAGCAAAGGACCAAGCAGUCAGAGCUGUGGAGGGCAUAGCGAGAGCGAUCCUGACCGAUCGCUCUCGGAAGAUAACAAUCAUAUCGACCGGACCAUUGACGAACAUUGCGCUUUUCGUGAGCGUUUAUCCGGAUUUACUUGACUCCGUCGAAGAGUUCGUCUUCAUGGGCGGAGGGGUAGGUAUCGGCAAUCGUUCAGCAGUAGCAGCUGAAGCCGCGCAAAUCGUCCUCGAUGUGCCCGUCAGGAAGGUCAUGAUCCCACUGAAUGUUACCCAUACUGCAAUCGUGACUAGAGAUUGGCACUGCGAAUUACUAGCGCCAGGAUCCGCCCCAUCCGAAGCUUUGCCUAAACCGCAGACCAAUCUCCGUCACACCCUUUCCACUCUAAUCAAUUUCUUUACUGAAGCCUACAAGUCCACUUUCGGAUUCAUAGACGGUCCCCCUCUCCAUGAUGCACUGACUAUUGCAUAUGUUUGUCGACCCGAAUUAUUCUCAAGCAAACGCUAUAGAGUUAACGUAGAAUUGAGCGGCGCUCACACGUCUGGGGAGACGGUUGUAGACGUCUGGGGCUAUCAUUCGACCGAUAACUCCUGGGGUGCGACUGGUAAGAACUGCCUUGUUACGGAGUCUCUUGAUGUAAACGGCUUCUUCGCACUCUUCCUGGACUGCGUUCGCCGCUGCGACGAAGUGUCCCCCCUUAACCACUGA